AUGCUUCUCUUUCCUGAAAGUCGCUACCCUAUUGAAAACAGAAAAAAGUCUUAAACUUAUCAUUAAGACUCUAAAAUUAAAGAAUUAUUAUCUAAUUCAGUAGGAGAGGCUCUAAAAUAAAAACCUUCAUAACUAAUCAAUACUAAAUAAGAUUACGAAGAAAAUUAAUAUUUAGCUAAUAAAAAUAAACAAAGCUACUUAUAAAGCAAUAUCUUUAAUGAUACAAAAACUUAAAUUAGAAAUGAUAAACAAGCACUUUAAAAUAAUAAAAAAAAGUAAUCAGACUUUGUUUCUUCCAGAGCAACUACAGAACCUUAAUUUUAAUAAUCUUAAUAAGUAAGAGGAACUUUAAAUGCAGAAUUCAGAAAAGAUGAUAUAAAAGUAGAAAAUAAAUAAUCAUAGUAAAGUGUAUUAUUUAAUACUCUUGGAAAAUAUUAUGAAGAACAUAAAAAUCCUGGUAAAACUAAUUUUAUGGCUUUUAAUUUGAAUUUUCUCAAACAUGACUCUUUAAAAUAUAAGAAAUUAGAAAUUUAAGAGCAAUAAUUAGAAGCAGAAUAUUAAAAAUAAAAGAAUUAACAAUCAUAAUAUAAUUCUACUUAGAGUUAAUCAACAAGGUAAUCUAAAUUAGAUUAAGAAAUUAAUGUAAAACUUAAUCAAAUAGAAAUACCUAAGUAAGAAAUUACAGGUUAUGACAUUAUUAUAGAAUAAAAAGGGAAAGGUUUUUUACCUAAUUAAUUUAGAAGCAUAAUUAAACAUAAUGGAUUUCAAAUAAAAUAAUUAGAAAAUGAUCAUUAUGUUAUCUAACCUUUAGGCGGAAAAAAUAACAUAUAAUCUAUUGUUAAAUAUUUAAAAAAUUAUGAUAAUAAAGUUAAAAUAUAAAAGGUUCCAUUUUCAUAAAAGUGA